CACGCCUGUAACCCCGCCCUCUUGCAUAAUCAAGAAAAUGGCUACUGGUGGAGAGAACAAAGAUGGUGAUAUUCCCUUAGCUGUAGUCGGUGGUGGGCUCGUUGGCUCACUACAGGCUCUGUAUCUAGCUCGUAGAGGCUAUAAGGUUCUCCUUUUCGAGUCCAGAGAUGACAUAAGGAAGUCAGACUCGUGGGUUGGUAGGAGCAUUAACUUGGCCCUUAGUUUUAGAGGGAGAGAGGCCCUGAGAGCCGUUGGCUGUGAAGAAGAGGCACUCUCUUUCGCCAUUCCAAUGUAUGGCAGAAUGAUACACUCGCUCAAUGGAAAGAUGUCCUCGCAGGCUUACAGUGCAGAAGGGAAAGCCAUUUACUCAAUCGAUCGGCUAAAAUUAAACCAACUUUUGCUUAAUUCCGCCGAAGCUCACCCCAACAUUACGCUUUGCUUUGAACACAAACUCCUCCGUGCUGACCUCGGGAAGCAGUCCCUUACUUUUAAAAACCCCGAGGGUGAGAAAGAAGUAUCGGUCGGUUUCACCUUUGGAUGUGACGGUGCCUUUUCAACAGUGAGACGUCAACUGAUGAGAUGGGAUAGACUCAACUACAGUCAGGAGUACAUCCAACACGGCUACAAAGAGCUUCACAUGCCUCCUGAUUCUCAAGGAGAGUAUGCCAUGCCUCCUAACUACCUCCAUAUAUGGCCACGUCAGGAAUUCAUGAUGAUAGCACUACCUAAUCCUGAUCAAACCUUCACCCUCACUCUCUUUAUGCCGUUCAAAGUAUUUGAUAGCAUAGAAACCGAGGAAGACCUUUUGUCGUUCUUCAUGAAACACUUUCCUGACUCUAUAGAGAAGAUAGGAGGCGAUAGGCUAGUGGAGGAUUACUUUAAGAACCCGACUGGGUCCCUGGUGUCCAUAAAAUGCUAUCCGUACUAUCUUAAUUGCUCCACUGUUCUGUUAGGAGAUGCCGCUCACGCUGUAGUCCCAUUUUACGGACAAGGCAUGAACGCUGGUAUGGAGGACUGUCUUGUUUUUGACGAGUGUCUUGAAAAUGUGACGAAAAGUGGAGGAGGACUAGAAAAUCUUGGAUCUGCAGCUAAAUCCUAUUCUGAGAUGAGGUGGAGAGAUGGUCAUGCAAUAGCAGAGCUCUCGAUGUAUAAUUACAUUGAAAUGAGGUCCCAUGUUAACAGUCGCCUCUACCUCAUAAGAAAGAGCAUUGAUGAUAUUCUCUUCUUUCUAUUUCGAAGGUCUUUCAUUCCACUUUAUAGUAUGGUUGCGUUUACUAGGAUACCUUAUCACGAGGUGAUUAAGAGAAGCAACAGGCAGAAGGUCUUAGUUAACAGGUUCAUGUAUGUUUCUGGUGUUAUUCUGAUUGGAGGCAUUGGAGGUUUUCUUGCUCUUCGGAUAUUAAUAAGUCAUCUGUCUCUUUCAUCCUAUAUUUAUUUGUUCAGAAAAUUAUCCUAAUAAUUUUUUGUGUAAUAGUAAUGAUAUUUUUCUCUCAGAAAAACAAUAA